AUGCCUAUCGGUGCCUUUUUCCCGUCAUCCCCAGCCUCUGUUUCCCUCUCCCCCUUCCCUCCAGACAGCGUUUCUUCUGCUCGUGUGCAGCUAUUCAGUGGCCACUUUGUCGCACGCUACCCCUCCCCUGCGCUGCUUCGAUGCUGCCUCCAGCUUUACGUAGGAGCAAUUCGCCACUUGGAAGUAACUCCGCAUCCUAGCAGCGGUUGUCUUGCGCCUCCAGAGGCCCUCUCGGGUGUAACUGAAUGUCGAGGAGCCUUUGGAGCUUCCGGCAGUCUUACGGUGUGCUGCAUUCUGUGGACGCCCCUUGAAGAUCCCUUUGAAGUUUUCUCCAUUUCCCAAGGCACAUACUGGCUUCCAGGAUGGGGACGGAGGGUUACUGCGGCAGUCUCGACGCGUCCCUGCCGCAAGCAGAACGCCCUUGGUCAGGAUGAUGCAGAAGUGCAGCAAGACUUGGAAAUAGCUGUUUCUUCUUCACUUUCGAAUUCUCUGAAAACAGAGAAGGCGGAGACAGGAGCAUCCUCCUCAGUGGUAGCGGCCUCUGCGGAAUUUGAUGGGGGAACACCCAUCGCCUUCCUAUCGGUGUUGCACAUCCAUCAGAGACUAGCGCACGAUCUGAGCAUAGAAACACACCCCUUUAGAGGAGCCGAUCCAUGGACUAGUCCCCACAAUGUUAUGAGCAACAAAGCCACUCCAUAUGUCCCCAAAAAGCCUUGCAUCUCCAUCCUAGGAACCGCCAUACUCCCCCUCGCUCAUCUUCUUGCCACCAGUAGGAAGUCUGUGCAACGUGUAGACUGCAUGCGUAAAGAGCGGGAAGGUCUUCUCUCCGUCACGGUAGGGAUGGAUGGAAAAAUCAAAUUGAUGACGCAGUUAAAACUUUUUAAACAUGAGGUACGUUCCGCUCCGAGAAGGAUGACAUGCACUGACAUGCACUGGCUUGCAUGGAAAAGUCUGUCCUAUCUCCUGUAUUGUUCUAUACUUUCUGUGUAG